AGUUAAUACUGAUCAAAGUGCAAUACAUCUGAACAUGAGAACAAACUUGAGAGUCGUUCUACAGCUCUGAGCUUUUAUUCACAAGAACCAGGGAUCCUGGGGCUGCUGUCCUAGGGAGAAGUGGGCCUUUAGUGAGGGAGGCCUGAAUUUACCAAAAGUGCCCAGAGGAAGAGAAGCCGAAUACAUGGCAUGUAUGGUGGAUGCCAGUCUUAGGCAUUGAUGAACGAGAAACAGAAGCGUUCCGCACAAGCGCUUGUCUUGAGUUUUCCCUCACCAAUUGUUCUUGGAAUUGGACAGAUGGCUACCACCAUAAUGAUAUUGUAUGUGUUCAAGCUAAAUAAAAUAAUCCAUUUCCCUGAUUUUGACAAGAAAAUUCCUGGAAAGCUGUUCCCUCUGCCUCUUCUCUACGUUGGAAACCACAUAAGUGGCUUAUCAAGCACACGUAAAUUAAGCUUGCCGAUGUUCACCGUGCUCAGGAAGUUUACGAUUCCAUUCACUUUACUCCUGGAGGCUAUCAUACUUGGGAAACAAUAUUCAUUGAACAUCAUCCUCAGCGUCUUGGCCAUCGUUCUUGGGGCUUUCAUAGCAGCUGGCUCUGACCUCACAUUCAACUUGGAAGGCUACGUUUUUGUAUUCUUGAAUGAUAUCUUCACCGCAGCAAAUGGAGUUUAUACCAAACAGAAAAUGGACCCGAAGGAGCUGGGGAAGUACGGAGUGCUUUUCUAUAAUGCCUGCUUCAUGCUUAUCCCAACUCUCAUUAUUAGCGUCUCUACUGGAGACUUUCAGCAGGCCACUGAAUUCAGACACUGGAAGAAUGUCUUAUUUAUCAUACAGUUUCUUCUUUCCUGUCUUUUGGGGUUCCUCCUGAUGUACUCCACAGCUCUUUGCAGUUAUUACAACUCAGCUCUGACCACGGCGGUGGUUGGAGCGAUCAAGAAUGUAUCGGUUGCCUACAUUGGGAUGUUGGUUGGUGGAGACUACAUUUUCUCCCUCUUAAACUUUAUAGGGUUAAAUAUUUGCAUGGCAGGUGGUUUAAGAUACUCCUUUUUAACACUAAGCAGCCAGUUGAAACCUAAACAACCUGUGGAUGAAGAAAGCAUCCCUCUGGAUCUGAAGAGCUAGGCUGAAGACAGAGUUGCAGGCCUAGGCUGGAAAGAGCAGCCUCAGCAGGAGUGGGCAGACCAGAGGUCCCACACAUGGGGCAGUCCCCUGCUUGGUCAGAGCACAAAAAGGAAUGUCUUCGAAAUACCAAGAAAGCUACCUCACACGUCACUGCACAACGAGCCACGAGGAACCCACGACUCAUAGUACAAAACCUUCCCAACUAAGUGAAUUUGCUCAAAAUCAUCCACAGGGCCCUCACUAUGUGCUGAGGAAGAUGUUUCAAGGAUGACUUGGCUUAUCAGCACUGUGGCCUUAAUUUUAAAGGCCUCAUCCAAGGAAAAUGAGGGAAAACUUUUUGUUGUUGAACCAUCUCUUUGUCUUUGUAAGAGUCAUUCAGUUUUGAAUGUGUUGGUAUUUUUUUUUCCAGGUCAUCACAGUGAAAUAAAGUCCUGUCUAUAUAUGCCGCACAGUGUGAUAUUACAGUAUGAUAGAAACUAGUCAGUUAUUCAGUGUCCAGGAAUAUUCCUGGGUCUGAGGUGUAUAGAGUGCUCACUGUACUCAGGAGACAAAUGAGUUUGAUCUCUGCACUCUGCCAGGCAUGGAGCAUGUCAAUUAUCUCAGCUCUGGGUAGCAGAGACAGACAUGUCCUGAGACUCUGGCUUGCCAGCCAGUCUUAAAUGGCAAGCAUCAGGUUCAGUGAGAGACACUGUCUCAAAGAAUAGGAUGGAGAGUGACUGAGGAAGACACCCAUCAUUAGCCUCUGGUCUCCACAUACACAUGCACACACAUACAUACAUGUGUGCACACAUUACUCUAUCUUCUUUUUUUUUUUUAAAGAUUUUAUUUAUUUAUUAUAUGUAAGUACACUGUAGCUGUCUUCAGAUCUCAUUACGGGUGGUUGUGUGCCACCAUGUGGUUGCUGGGAUUUGAACUCAGGACCUCCAGAAGAGCAGUUAGUGCUCUUAACUGCUGAGCCAUCUCACCAGCCCACAUUACUCCAUCUUGAAGGAACAACAAGAUAGCCUUUUAAGGACAAGUGUUGGAAAAACUUUGCAAAACCCCACACCAUCAGUUCAUCUCCAUAGUCUUAGAUAUUUGAAUGUGUGGUCCCUGGUUGGGUGACAUUGCUGGACAAAAUGUGUCACUGGGGUGGGCUCUGAGGUUUCAAAGUCUCCAUCCAUUUCAGGUUUGCUUGCUGAGUUUCCUGUUUGUGGUUUGACGAGCUCUCAGCUGUUUCUGCCACACUGAUCUCUCUGGAACUGUAGGCCCAAAUAAACCCUUUCUAUAAAUUGA